AUGAACUGCUUGACAUCCCAGGAUUUUGAGAUUAUUAUCCAUGUCAUACAGACAUGCCACGAUUCACUCCAACGACAGAAAUGUCGGUGCAGAGCCAUGGCAAUGAUCAAAAUCCCAAUUCUGCACAAGACCCCACCAUGCCGACCACGAUAUCGACUUUACAGCCAGAUGUUCCAGAUCGAAUUCGGGUCAAGAACCGACGGAAGCGGUACUUAGACACCCAUCCAGAAUACUUUGGGCCCCAGCUUGAGCUUGCAGACCCACUCCUCUACGACCGAUUGAUACGACGAUUUCAAAGCGCCGAAGAACGAGAGGCCGAAGGCCGCAAGAAGGGUUACUCGGGAGUCCUCGAGGCCGACCUCUACCGCAGCGAGGCCAAACUCGACGCUCUACGACACCCCGAUGCGACGAGCCUUUUCGCGUACAAGCGUGGUCCUUCCGGUGAGAUCCUAGCAGAGGAGAAAGAUGAAGUCCCCAAAGAUAAAGAAGAAGGUCUAAGUCGAUGGAGGUGGGAGAUGGAAAGGAGGUUUGUCAUGGGUUUAGACGAUGAUUUUGAAUACAGCGGAGUCGACAACAACCCCGACUUUGACGAUCGGCUAGUCGAAGAGAGGGAGGCUGAGGAGAGAUGGUUCGACCAAGAGUCUCCGAGCUUUGUAGACAACGAAUUGGCCGAGUCUGACGUUGCUUCGGACCACCAACACGCCACGAGGAAACUCGAGGGUCAGACCGGAGUACAGGACUUCUGAAAUCCAAGGCGAUCAUAUUCCUCAAUUCACAAAAGGGAUUUCCCCAAUCUCCAGCUCUUCUGCGACCGGUAUGAUCUGAAGCAGCGUCAUACAUGACCUCGAGGGUCUGAUAUCCCUGGCCGGGCCAUUUUGCCCACUCAGGCUAGUAAACUAUCGACCGGAUCCAUCAACCCUCGCAGACUACUAGCACACCGCACAUGCGGCAUGCGCCGGAAGACCCUCUCAGAGUCGGUACUUUGCACAAACUCUUGCCACUCUUUAGUGGCAAUCCAGUCCUCUCGAGCCCUCUUAUCACGAAAUUUGAUCAUCAUGAUCGUGUCGUGUGCCUCCUCACGAGAGAGCCUUUGUUUGGGACGGGGCCCGGCUCUGGGCUCUGGAAUCUCCACAGGAUAAGUCUCGAAUUUUGCGAUAAGUGGCGAGUAUGAGGCGUGCAUGCCUAUCCGGUCAAUCAUCGAGUUUAGCUUGUGUGUCGGGCGAUCCAGCAUUCGGCCCCGGCGUACCAGGUCUGGAUCGGCUGCUUGGAGGUUGUGUUUCAUUUGGCUGGCAAAGAAGAAGAACAUGCAAGUCAAUGGCUUGUCUCCGUCUGCAAUUUGGGCUCCCUUAGGCCUUGCUUCAAUGCCUCGACUGUCGGCCGCGGGUGAAGUUGAUGAGGUCAUCCGCUGAAAUUGCAUGUUGCACAAGAAGUCGCCACCGCGAACUGUCUUUUUGUCUUUUCUAGAAAGUCUUGCGGUCGGCGAAAGCCCAGAUGAUGAUCAACAAAAGCUUGAGCGACGACAAGUAGGACAGAUAGUCCCUCUGAUUAUAUCACGGCAGAUGUAAUCCAACUGCCGCUUAUAUAGAACAAAUGAUGCUGACGUACGGUUGCAUUUCCCCGCAUUUUGGUAGGCACGUGUUCCAUUGGGACAUGGGCUUGGA